AUGGCUCCCUCAUCGGUUGACAAGCAUGACAAACCAUCAAAUCUACCCAGAGAUACAGUUGCUACCCUGGAUGAUGGCAUUGAUAAUACCCCAGUUUCAACGACAAAUGUACAAGUAGUUAUGAUGGAAACUGAUGAUACUGCUACAUACAGUUCCAAUGAACCAUCAUCUGACAUUUCUGUGUCAAUGGUCAACAUCCCUGCAUCUGCUACUGAUACCAGCAAACCAGAAACUGACUUUUUACCAGAAGCAAGUACUGAGUCCAAAGUUAUUGACAACUCAGCCAGAUCAGAUGACUCAAGUGAAAUCCCAAUCUUGGAUCCCAAGGCUUUGAAUCAGACUGAAGAAAAUAUCCAAAAAGAUGGAGUUACAGUUAAACUGUUUUCUCAGAAUGAAAACGGGAAAAAAAUUUGGGAUAAAAAACACUACUGCCUAUAUUGUAACAAGCCUUUUGCAAAACUUCCUCGACAUUUGGAAACUAAGCAUAAAGAUGAAAUUGAUGUAAUAAAAUUGCGUUCACUAGACAGGCGUAGUAAAGAACAAAAAAGUGCAAGAGCUACUCUGAUUGACAAGCUGAGAAAAGCCGGUAACUAUAACCAUAACAUAGAAGUUCUGAAAUCUGGACAAGGAGAGGUUGUACCAAAGAAAAGUUUAAGUAAGUCAAGAAGCAGUGAUGAUUAUUUGCCAUGUAGACAUUGCCUUGGAUUUUACCUAAAGCAUGAUCUAUAUCGGCAUGUCAGCAAGUGUACCUUCCGUGAGGAAAAACUUGUUAAAGGGACAAGACACCAAAGUAAUAGUGCUUUUCUUCUGCCAUCAACUGCUUCAGAAAAGGCUGGUUCAGAUUUUCAGAAGGAUGUCGUUGCCGACAUGAGUGUGGAUAACAUUUCACUGUGUGCAAGAAAUGACGAGUUAAUCAUUCUAUUUGGGGAAAAGCUUUACAAAAAACAUAAAGCUUUGCCCCACAUGCAUCAAUACAUCCGAACAAAAAUGAGGGAACUGUCUCGUUUUCUACUGAAGGCACGAGAGGAAGAUGAAGAUAUAGUUACAUUAUCAGAUUGCAUCCAAGCAAACAAGUUUGAGACCUGUGUCAAAGCUGUGAGAUCAUUAUGUGGAGUUAAAUGUGGCACAAAAGCGGAUAUCCCAUCUUUAGCUUUGAAAAUUGGAUUUUCAUUGAGCAAAUGUGCCAAUAUCAGAUUAUCAAAAGCUCUGGUAGAGGGUGAUUCUAAGGUACAGGAUAAUGUGGAAAGGUUUCAGAGACUGUAUUCUAUGGAUUGGAAUACUGAAGUUUCUUCCACAGCAUUAAAAAGUCUAGAAACAAAGAAGUGGAACAAGCCUUCAUUGCUUCCACUCACAAAUGAUGUAGUGAAGUUCCAAAAGUACUUGGACCAGCAAAUUGAUGCCAACAUAAAACUUCUGGAAUCAAAAAACGCCCAAGGUUGGAGGCCAUUGUGUGAAGCUAUUUUAGUUAGCAUCAUACUGUUCAACAGAAGAAGGAGUGGUGAAGUGGAGAGGUUGUCCUUGGAUGUUUUCAGUCUCAAAAGCAAAACUGACCUCAUGCCAGACGUGAAGGAAACCCUUAACAAUUUGGAAAAACAUCUUGUGGAGAAUUUGUCAAGAGUGGAAACUCGUGGAAAGCGGGGAAGAAAGGUGCCAAUUUUGUUCCCCAAAAAAACAGAGGAAGCACUGGAUCUUCUCAUACAAUACCGAUCAGCAGCUGGAAUAGAAAAGGGAAACCCAUAUGCGUUCGCUAACAACGCAAUAGGCUAUGUACGCGGAGCUGACUGCAUGAGAAGUACAGCAUCGGAAGCAAAGUUAGAAAAUCCAGAAAAUAUGAGGUCUACAAAUUUAAGAAAACAUGUUGCAACACUUUCGCAAGUUGUUAACUUGAGGGACAAUGAACUAGACAUUUUAGCUCAGUUCCUUGGACACGAUGUGAAGGUCCAUAGAAAUUUCUAUCGUCUCCCUGAGGAUACUAUUCAAAUUGCUAAAGUGGGAAAAUUACUUAUGGCAGCAAACAAAGGAACAUUGGGAAAGUUUUCUGGAAAGUCUUUAGAUGAUAUUAGCAUUGACCAAGAAGUGUCUGAUGAAUCCGAAUCUGAGGAUGAAACUACACAGUCUACAGAAGUCAGAGAUCAAGAUGAUGCAGAUCAAGAUAAUGAGAAAGCAGGAAAGAGAAAUACCAGAAAAUCUCUCCACAGUACAGAAGCCACUUGCAUGACACAGAAACCAGGAAGUAGGAGAACUGUAAAGAGAAUACCAUGGACAGAAGAAGAGAGAAGUGCUGUUAAAUCAGAAAUGGAGCAUUUUCUUCAUAUCAGGAAAACUCCAGGAAAACUGGACUGUGACAACUGUUUACGCAAAUAUCAAUGUCUGAGUAGAAGAAAUUGGAAAAACAUCAAAAACUUUGUCUACAAUUGCAUUCAAAGUUUAAAGAAAUGUCAUUAAAUGAUGUCUAAGUAGGCAAUAUAGACAUAAAAAGAAAAGCAAUUUCAAGUUACAUGUUGGACAAUAUAAAUGAGAUUCAUUGCAAUUAAAAUGAGAUUUUGUAAGAAUUUUUGAAUAUUCUUUUUAUUGAAGUUUUAUCAUGAUAAUAAUUGUAAGGUAGAGAUUGCAUGAUGGAUUGAUAAAGGAUAAUUGUUGUUUUGGCAGACUCGAUUCGGUCAAGGGGAUUUAUAAAUGAAAUUUAGAAGAUGCAUUAUUUAGUGUUAAGAUGAAAUACCAUUUUGUUGAUAUUUACCUUCUACACUAGUUGCAUUAAAAAUAUUUGCAAUGGAAUGAAAUUUGAGAAGAAAACUGUAUAUUUCAUGCUUUGUCAUCCUUUACAUAUUGCAGUGUACAAGUUUGACUGUGAUCAAACUUACUGGUAAUGAUUAUUCUUGUUCUCUAUAACAUUACUGUAUCAGAUACGUCACUUUUUUUUAUUUUAAAAGUGGCAGAAGGUCACACAAUGUGUUAAAUUCUGUUCAUUGAUGCUUAAUGCAGGAAUAAAGUUCACUUAUAUUGAACAUUUCAUUUGCAUGUUUUAUUCCUCAUGUAUUUUUUUAAGCUAUUGAGUAAACAAGUAAUCAUUGAUAGUUUGAUUGAAAAAAAAAAUGACUUUGGCGUUACUUUACAUUGCCAAAUAAAUUCAAACUGAGGUAAAAUUUGAUUACUUUGUAUUGCACAAGGGUCUAAACACAAGACAUGCAUUGUCAUGGCAAAUGAAAUGUCAGACGUAGUGUUUCACCUUUUGUUGCUGAGAUAUAAAGUGGUUAUUCAAUGAAAUGUCAGACGUAAAUAUUGUUUCACCUUUUGAUGCUGAGAUAUAAAGUUGUUAUUCAAUGACAGUUUAAAAAAUGCUUUUGGAAUCCACAUUAGAAUAGAAAUUAUGUUGGAUCAUAAUGACUUUUGUUUUUGUUGUUCUAAUAAUGAGACGGAUUCAAUUUACGGAAAUAAUUUCAUUUUGCCCCCAAUUUUUGACAUGUUUUGUUCUUAUCUUUGUCAGAUGGUAAUACAGUGUAACUUGUCUAAACCGGCCCCUGUGUAAUCCGGAUCUCUCAGUAUUCCGGCCAAAAUGUUUGGUCCCAGCACUGGAAAAUGUAAGCAAUGUUGACCUCUACAAACCGGACACCUGGGUAAACCGGCCAAAAAGUUUGGUCCUGGUGACAUCCGGUUUAGACAAGUUACAUUGUAUAUUGCAUCUGUUUGUGGUGCUUGUGUUCGAUUUGAAAGAAAUAAUAAUAAAAAAUAAACCUCAAUGAUUUA